AGUACAAGCAAGGUGAUAUGAUGCCGAACUUAGCAUAGUACGUAUUGACAUCUUAUUGCUCCCAGACUUGCAGGCUGUACCCUUCUCGGGUCCACGAACACUUUCUCGCUUCAUCAAUCAUCACUCGUACAGCAUGGCGAACAACAUCGGUGUCCCAGAUGUCCAGUACAAAUUCAAGGUGGUGUCGAUUCUCGAUACCGAGUUAUACAAGUUUACGAUGCAACAGGCCAUUUUGGAAUACUACCCCACCGCACAGGCCGUAUACCGUUUCACGCAUUGUCACAAGGAUCGCCACUUCCCUAGAGCAUGCAUAGAAAAGUUUCAAGAAUCAUUGAACAGUUUUGCCGAAGUACGGCUAACGCAAGAUGAACGCGCUUGGAUACAGGACACAUGCAAGUAUUUCAAGCCAGCGUACCUCAAUUAUCUUCAGUCUUACAGGUUCAAACCUGAACAAGUCUCUGUUAACUUUAUCCCGUCUUCCAAUGAUGCUGCCAUGGGCAGCGUCAAGAUCGAGGUGGCAGGGUUGUGGCUCGAAACGGUUCUAUGGGAGGUACCUCUCAUGGCAUGCCUUGGCGAGAUGUAUUCUCGAUAUGCGGACCAGGACUGGGAUUAUGCUGGCCAAGAAGAACAAGCCAUGUAUAAAGCCACGUGUUUUUUGGAUGCGCGAUGUACGCUCAGUGAAUUUGGGACGCGUCGCAGGCGGUCUUUUGUCACGCAAGACUUGGUCUUAAAGGGUAUCAUCAAAGCGCGGGACGCGCACGAAUGGAAGGAUGGCUCCUUUGGAACUAGUAAUGUUUACUUCGCCAUGCGUUACAACCUCAACCCGAUAGGAACAGUAUCUCACGAGUGGUUCAUGGGCAUCGCAGCAUUAAGCAAUUACAAAGAUGCUGCCAGAACAGCUUUGGACCUUUGGUCAAACCUUUAUGGGGAAGAUCUUUCCGUCACGCUCACAGAUACCUUCUCCACAGAAGUCUUCUAUCGGGAAUUUGAUAGCAGGCGCGCCAGUGAAUGGAAAGCUCUGCGUCAGGACUCCGGGGACCCGAAAGUCUUCGCGCCCAGGGCUAAGCAGAUGUACGAAGAGCACGGUAUAGACCACACCCAGAAAGGGAUCAUUUUCAGCGACGGUUUGAACUUCCACAAGGCGAAAGAGUUAAAUGAGCAGUGUCAGCAGCUGGGGUUCAAGUGCUCGUUCGGCAUAGGUACUUGGUUGAUGAACGACUUCAAGAAGAAGAGCAGUGGGUAUAAGGAACAGAGCGAUGCGUUGAUUAUAGUAAUCAAACUUGGAUCGAUUGAUGGGAAGGAGUGCGUCAAGAUCAGUGAUGAGAUCACAAAGAAUACCGGAGUUCCGGAAGUUGUGGCGAAGGUUAAAGAGAUGUACCAGAUACCACUUUAGUCUUUCGUAGACCGAUCGUAGACAGUAAGUGAGGGUGCUUCCGUGAAUGAGAAUCCGAUUCGAAAACGGUCUUGUAUUGUCUGGGGAUAGCCAGCAACUCCUAACAAGUUUUCGAAGGGCUUACCAAUGACGUUAACGACGAAGUGACCGUGCAUUAGAGUCACUUGUUUUGAAUCGAGUUAUUAUCCUGGGGGGUAUGGAAGGGUGUAUUAUGUUAUGAAGGGUAUUUGUACGAGCCAAACGAUACACGUCAAAGAAACGUGACAAGGAUCGCUUCCGUCUCUUGCAAAUCAACUCCGGAGCUGAUAGGUAAUAUCUCCAAAGUUAGGGGCCCGCUAACUAUACCGUCGCUUGUCUCGUACGUCUGACCUCCCCAAGUCAGAUGGUUGGUAUCGGAGGCAUACCUACGGACAAAUUUAGCGUUCAGAC